CUGACGGGCUGUAAGGGGUGCUGUGGGGUGAGCGAGUGCUGGAACGUGGUGUGGAAGCGUUGUGAGUGUUAGGAGAGCAGUUUACUGAGGAGGGGGCAGCGCUGCUCACCUUGAGCGAGACGUUGAGUUUGGACCGCGUGGCGUUGGCUGCUCCUGUGUGGGAACACCACAGGGGGGCUUUUGUAAAGAUGAGGUGGAGAUAAGGCCGAGAUGCUCUCAUGACCUGCUGUGUUUGUGAUUAAUGCUUGGCUGUCCGUUUUCCCAGCCAGGACUCCGUGGAGUCUGCAGAAUGUUGCUAUUUUCACAUCGCAGCAGCAGUAUCUAAAGUUUGGUCAUCACUGUGGAAUUCCUGGUAUGAGAAUGCAGAGCAUCAGAGUAGAGAGUGGAUCCUUGCUGAACAACUGUAAUCAUGAAGGCAGUUCUUAUAAUUGUCCUAAUCAUCUUCACUUUGCUGUGUUCAGGGAAAAAGUUUCGAUGGUGCACCCUCUCUGAUCUAGAACAGAGAAAGUGUGCUGAGCUGUCCAAAGCACUGACAGCUGUGCUGCCUGUCACUAACACCGAUUCGUUUGCCAGGAUUUCUUGCAUCAGAGCCCACAAUACGUAUGACUGCAUUGAUAAAAUCAGAGUGAAUAAAGCAGAUGCUGCUUCUCUGGAUGCAGGAGAUGUUUACUCUGCUGUAAAGCUGUAUGGUUUGACCGUUGUGGCAAAGGAGAUCUAUGAACAGGGAAAUUGUGUUUUUGCUGUGGCUGUUGCCAAACGAGGAACUUUGGAUAUCCAGAGGCUACGCGGUGUGCGCAGCUGCCACAAUGGAGCCAGAUGGACCUCAGGCUGGAAUAUUCCACUUGGAUUUCUCCUUGCAAGGAAUGAUCUUUCCUGGGAUGAGGGACAACCCCUGAGCCAAGUAAUCAGUGAGUAUUUCAAUGCAAGUUGCAUCCCUGGAGUUGGUGUUGCUGCUCCUCAGCUGUGUGCUCUCUGCCAAGGACAAAAGUCAUAUAUCAGAGACAAGAACCACUUCUGUGAGACCAGCAGCAAUGAACCCUUCUAUGACUCUGAUGGAGCUUUCAGGUGCUUGAAGGAUGGAGUUGCAGAUGUUGCCUUUUUAGAUCACCUGACAAUUAUGAGAGCCACAGAGUCAGAACAGCAAGAAUAUGAACUCUUAUGUCCUGAUGGAACUACAGCUGAGCUGAGCAAGUACAACACCUGUAACUUGGGCAAGGGGCCUGGCCGUGGCAUCAUCACCCGCCACAACUUCCAAAAGAUCACCAACAAAUUUCUUACCAUGAUCCAACGUCUCUUUGGUCGAAAAGGAAAGGAAAGAGCCAGAUUUGAACUUUUCAAUUCAUCAUCCUUUGGAGGGAAGAACCUUCUCUUUCGAGAUGCUACUCAGCACCUGCAACUUCUCGAGGAACAGCUAGAAAUUGCAUAUGUCCUUGGUCUGGAUUAUGUAGCUCUCCUUAAGGGACUAGGUCAUGAAGGGAGCUCCUUGGACAACAGUGUUGUGCGCUGGUGCUGCAUCAGCAAUGCUGAGCUUCGCAAAUGUGAGGAGUGGGCACUGAGCAUCAAAUCUGACCCAUUAGUCUGUGUCCAAGCAACUUCCAUGGCAAGCUGCAUUGAAAUGAUCAAGAGUAGUGAGGCUGAUGCAGUCACUCUGGAUGCAACCCACGUCUACAUUGCAGGGAGGUGUGGAUUGGUGCCUGUAGCUGCAGAGUGUUAUGUGCUGCCAUGCAAUGAGAAUGACAGCAGUUGCAAGAUCCUUAAUGGUUGUCUUCUCUCUCCAGGACAGGUUUGUGCUCCAGCUGAUGAGAGCACAGAGGAAAUUAGCAAACUUCAUCUAAAGCGCAAAGGACUGUCACCUGUUUAUGCUGUAGCCCUAGCUAAGAAAAACGCCAAACAGAUUAACAUCCAUAACCUGCGGGGGAGGCGAUCAUGUCACAGCCACUUGUAUAGUCCUGGAGGAUGGCUGCUUCUUUCCAGAUACACAGUGGGACCUCUGGAAAACGUUACUGAAAACUGUGAUAUCGGAUCUGUUUACCAGAAUUACUUUUGGAAGGGCUGCAUGCCAGGAGCAGAUGGAAACCUGUGCAAAGUGUGCAUUGGAGACAGUGAGGUGGAAGGAGCUCGAGUAUCCAGCAGAUGCGCUGCCAGUCACAAUGAGCACUACUAUGGCAAUAUGGGAGCACUCAGGUGCUUAGUUGGCAAUCCCAGUGGAAGAAGCUUUGGAGAUGUAGCUUUUCUGGAACACUCAAACCUACUCUGGAAUAUAGAGAAUCUGGAAAGCUCUGGUUGGGCAAAAGGUUAUACAGCUGUUGACUUUGAACUCUUGUGUCCGGAUGGAACGCGUGCUGCAGUCACCGAAUGGGCUGGCUGCAACCUUGGUCCAGUUCCUCCCAGCACAGUCAUGACUCGACCAGUCACUGUCACUAAAAUCCAUGACUUCCUAAUGAAAUCUCAGGAAUUUCUGGAGACCAAGCUGGAUUCUGAAUUCCAUCUCUUCCAGUCACAAAAAUAUGGUGAGAGUGAUCUGCUUUUCAAAGAUGCCACUCAGUACCUUGUUCCUGCAACUCACAUGAGCUAUCAGGAAAUCCUUGGAGAACCUUUCUUUCAGCUGGCAGAAUCAGUGUUUAAUUGUACACCUGCAGGCAUCUUAGACUUUUGCAAGCAGGAUAUCUGUGCCUCCUCAUCAAUCUGACAGCUGCUAUAAAGGCUUUGCAAGGCAUGAGCCUUCACCAAUGCUGAAAACAAAGAACUAGACUAGUCCUGCCUAUCCAGAGCAAUCUGCAAGGAAACUGGCACCUCUGGACACAUAUGCUGGUUAUUCUUUUGUCAUAAUCUUUGUUUUCUCUAGAAAGUAGACUUUGUUUAUGAUCAUGUAAUACUACUGCUAUGUCAUCCCUUUCUUGUUUGAAGCACGGAAUUGUGUGCAACAGCUUUCACCAGUCCUCAUAACCCACAGCACAGAACUAGGAUCAGCAGUUCUGAUUGCCUACUAUGGAGGAUUCAGCAUUUUGGGGGACUAGCAGGGUCAGUGCAGUGGAUUAAAGAAUGGACUGUCACGAGUGGCACAGGUUAGUGGGUAGCAGUUCACCUUGCUUUAUCUGUUUUAUCUUCUAGAAUUUGUUUCCAUGCAAAAAGUGCAACUGAUAUUUUGGUGGUUGCAGAAUUAUCUUCCUGUAUUGCAAUUGCAGUCCAUGCUGAACACACACACGUAUGAUAGAUGGUUUAUGUAAUCACUAUCAGAAGUCUCUUCUGCUUUUAACUGGCAAUAAUACAUUUCCUUUUUUUAAUCAAGGGUUUAUACUGGUAAAUCAAAAUCUUUUUCUCUCAAAUUCAUGUUGUAAGACAUGAAGUAACAAGCGGACCUGGAUUCCUGCAGCCUUAAAUUGAAGGGAAGCAAUGGAUAUAUGAGGGCUGCUCCAAAAGUAAUGCCUUCUAUUUUAUUGUGUUGGCCCAUGAUGUUAGGUUUGGAUGUUGGUGGUACAGCAGUAGAGGCUGAACCUUCCCACAAUUAUUGUUACAUCCUAUUGCUGUGUGACAGAUGGCAGCAGAGAAGGAUUCUUGACAGAAUGGUGUCUGAUAUGAUGCAAAGGUGUAUAAUUGAAUUCCUCCAUGUGGAAAAAAAUGGCACCCUUGACAUUCAUCAAUGCUUGCUGAAUGUUUACAGAGACUGCACAGUGGCUGUGAGCACAGUGAGGGAUGGGUGGUAUGUUUCAGCAGUGGCAACAGUGGGUCAACUCCACUGGUGUAUGUUUUUACAAGUGUGGCAUGCAGGUUCUCGUUCAUUGCUGACAAAAACACACAGCUAAAAGUCGUGACUGUGUUGAAAAACUGUUUCGUAGCUGAGAAUUUGUUCUAUCAGAUAGUGUGAUUGUGCUCUUAGUAGCUGUUAUUUCCAUGGAAAUAAAAAGGAGGCAUUACUUCAAAGCAACUCCCAUUCUUCUCAUUACUUUACAGUAACUACACUGACACUUCUAAUGUCAAAAUACAAAUUUUUAAUUAAACUGAACUUUUUUUUACACACAGAAACUGUCUGAAUGUGAUAUCAAGUCUUUUCAACACAGUGCUUGAUAUCAUAGUUUUGUUUUGCCUGUUAGGGGAGGACUUUGUGUGGAUGACUACUCAUUUCAUUUUCCAACGAGUGUUAUGACCUACCCCCAUGCUGCCUGACCAGGCAAACUGAACUCAAAAUAAAUACAACAGCACAAAGACCAAAACAGCCAGCUUAUACCCAAAUGUCACAGUCUUCUAUAUAAAUACAGCUGCAUUAACCACUGCUAGCAAUAAAAGAAAUGCCGUAAGUGAAGACUGGCCAGCUGCACUAGAGAAAGUAAAUCUAUCUCCCCUACAGAGCAAGGAAAAAAACCCACAAAACAAUAAAACCCCCUCAAUCAAGCAAAACUAGCCAGUAAGAGCUCAAAAAUACUCAGUUGUAAAAUACAGUGCUAGAGUGACCUGUUUUUAAGCAGCUUAUUUCAUGCCUAGGUUGCCUUUCCUUUGAUUUACCUCAGCCUUUUUCAUUUCCCUUUUUUGCUUCCUGAGAAAAAAAUAAAUUGCACUUUGAGCAGCACAGAGGGUUUUGGAUUCAGUCCAUCAGCGUUGAGGCUGGUCUCUAACUCAUUUGUCCCCCGCUUGUCAUUAACUAAGCAAAUAGCAGAAAGCAGAUGCAAACCCAAAGCCGUGUACCUUUAAGAAAGAAAGGAGAGAAAUAAAAUGUAGACAAGUCGCAGUAUGGUAGCAGAACAAAACCUUCACGUGGGGCAUCACAGCCGGGAAGCUGUAGCUCUGAUGAAGUGGAGGAAGAGCAGGGUCUAUUCGAGGUCUCUGGAGCGCUCCUUUCCUUUCUUUACUGGAGCUUACAUGCCACCUGCAGGACUCGCGUAACAUUGCACUUCAAUCACAGGAACAGCUUUGCCAAGAGCAAGAAUGCUGCUGAAUAUGUAAUACACUGAAACCUGGGUUAUAGGCAUGACUUAAUGGGCUGUGAGUGAGGGGAAUUACUUUCUGUUACAGCUCUUACAAAAGCUUGUGGAGCCCUGUUUGAUGUUUCCAUGCUUCAACUUUGAGUUAGAAGCAGCAGAUUUCUUUCAUGGAUUGCAUUAGAUGUGAACCGUGGUGCUGCUCCAGCUUUGAAAUAGUUGGUUCCAAACCUAGGGGGAAUGGUCUGUGCUGUCACGAUGUUACUAUUAUGAAGAGUAGUUUGGUAGUUCAGAGUGUGCUUUAUAGAGUACAGGUCCAUCUCUGUUCCUUUUAAAGUAUGGCUAUAGAAAAAUCAACACUGGAACUGCUGCUGCAUACAGCCCACCCACUUAAUUGCUGUCAGUCUCUUUGGAGAUUGGACCUUUUUCCCCACAGCUGUAGGACAGAUGUAUUGUGUGCAUUUACUAAUACAAGCCUGAAGAAGGCUUAAAAACAAACAAAAACAACAGAAAGGGUCUCAGAAAAAUUUAUUUCCAUAAAUUAAAAACACACAAAAGAAACAGUAAAGUUUUAAAUUCACACAAAGUUGAACAAAUAAAAUGCCAAGAGCUUGAUGGAGGCUAAUGGCACAGGCGUACAAAUUCUCACUGAGCUAUUUGUUGACAUGAUAGCACUGUAUAGACAUUUAAUCCACAGUUAGCAUCCAUAUCCUAGAAAAGCACCUGGAACACAACAUGCCAAAGGCCCAAAUUGUAUGAAAUACAAUAAAUGAGAACUGCUUGCAGAAGAUCAUAUCCAGCAAACAUCAGAACUCAAAUGUAUGCAGCUACAAGGCCAGGCAGGCAAACUUCCUAAUGUACAUUAAGUAGUCUUAGCUGCUCCAGUUGCAGCAUGAUGAAAAUAAGAUUUUGUUUUUAAGAAAAAAAACCUAACCCUCAUAAUCAGCAAAUUUAGUAAAAAGAGCUGCCUGUCUCUGAAAAACAACUGCUAUGUGAUGGUGCAAGCCAAAAGCUUUGUGUUUCUUCUCAAGCUGCUCUAGACAUCAUUCUGUGAGCCAUAUCUAUCAAUAUCUUUCCAUGGUGUUACAAGAAUAAAAAAAUUACUGGAGUAGGCUCUAUGAAAAGAGAGUUGUACACAUUCUUCCACUAGGGAAGUAUCUUAGACUCCCAAACAUUCUCUCUACUUUUUUCCUUCAAUAACCUGAGACAGAAGCAGCCCAGAGUGGCAGUUACCUACCUAUGCACCAUCAUCACUCCCAGUGUACAAAGAACAGCAACAAGGAACGAGGUUGAUCUGUGAGUGUUGUAAAUAGGGACAGGGGUGGGAGAGGGAAAAAAGUGCACACGCAUGACUGACAUCUGUUCCUGAGGAGGAUGGGGGGAGGAAGAAAAAAAAAUGCUUUGUCUCAAUUAGCUUACGACUAUCAUACAUAUAUUAAACCAAAUCAGAAUAAUUCACAGACCCUAAGGUCUGAGACAACCUAGGCAACUGCUACAUCAUCUUCUUACUCCUCCAAUUAUUGUAAAUAAAAGGGGAUUGAGUGUUUUCUUUCUUAUGCCCCCUCUGCUGUAACUAUUAAAAAGUUAAGAAGUGUUGUUUCAAAGCAAUUAAUUAGAUAUAAGACAGAGCAAGGAAGCAGACAAAAAAAAAACAACAAACAACAACACAAAGAGUUCCAUAUUUUGAAGCAAUCAGAAGCCCGAACUUUGCUUGGACCCAACUCCCUCCCUCUCACCCUGUUUUCUUCAAAGCCCCAAUGAGGUUACAGCUCAGUUCUGUCACAACAGUAAAAGCCUCCCAUUUUAACAGAAGGUUAAUUAACACUGUGUCACAAUUCCAUUCUACAGCAUAAAACCAUAAAAAUAUAUCUAUGUGUGUAUAUAUAUCACUCUUGCAACAGCUUCCAUCCAGUCAAUAUUUGGGCAAUAAGCCAACAUAGAGACAGUUUCAAAUAUUUUUUCAAAGGUAGCUGACCUUUAUUUUUUUAUUUUUUAGGGAUUUCUAUAAAAAUAAGAUCAAUUAAAAUGUUCCCCAGCAGCUCAAUUAGGUUAACAUGAAACAGCAUGUCAGUAUGUUUGAAGUUUACCUACCUUAUUUUAUCCUCAAAAUCCAAAUGACCACUACUCUGAGUCUGUACUCUCUCUUUUCCUGAGUCUUCCUGAUUAAUCAGCCUCCAAAACAAGAAUGUAAACUGUCAUUAAUCCCAGCAUAUAGGCUGAGAGCAGAACAAACCCAGAAUACAUUUAUGUCAGGAUUCAGGCACAGAGAAUGUAAUAUUCUUCUUCCAUUUCUCCACUUUCCACACUCUGGAAUUCAACAGAUUGCUUGUUAAUUCUGAGUUUUCUGUUAGGCCAGUAACAGAAGUGGCAGAGCAGCAGAAGACAGUGAUGGGAUUUUCAGUUCUUCAUUUACUGGGACUUAAUCAAAAUACUUGCCCACUAGAUAGCUGCUUAUUCGGAAUGUGAAUAUAAACUUUGUUAUAUGGAUAGGUAACUAAGAAAGUGCAAGUUUUAAGAGACAAAUGAAAGAAUAAACUGGUUAAAUUUGAACAUCCCAACAAAGACAGCUUCACAUGAAUAACUUCUAUAGGCACUAAAGGACAGAAAUUACCUGUACUGCAGCUAGCAUUCAUUCUGAAUUACUCUUCAAGUAAGUUUAACAGAAGUUAUCCCAGAAGCGAGUGCUCUUCUCUUAAAAGUUAUGGCUGAGAAAUUGCCCAGUGCUGCAUCAUCUAAUGACAAAUGGCCUCACUUAAUGAAAAAUAAAUGUUUUUCACAUGCUAGGAGGCUCUUUGUACAACACUAGCUGUUGCAUACAACAGUGCUGUACAUAGAAUAUCUGAUUGGGAGCUAUCUGAACUGCAAACCUAAAACGGGUGUUCAAAUCAAGCUGACUGUAUUUUCUGAAAUGAAAAUCGCUUUGAAAUGAGUCUCAAAGGAUUUGCUGGUGCUUCUUGGAUGAAGCAGUUCAGCUCAGCUAAUGAAAAACUCUACUUGCAUACCCUGUGGUUUAAUGUACUCCUGGGAUUUGCCUCUGGAGAAAGGGUAUAAAGUAUCAGCCAAUUUGGUAAAAAAAAAUUCACUGUUUAGGAAGAAAUAGCAGUGGGCAUCAUCUUUUCUGAAAGUAUUACUUACUCUUUUGUUUUGUAAUCUCAGUUGUGUUAAAAGAGGUCCUCAUGCUGCAAAUAAAACAAGGAUACAAAGUGCAAGUUCAUUAAAGUCUAGUUAUGUGGAGCUUCUGCUGCCUGAAGCCAGGAAGGGCACAGAAAUUCAUAAGGAACCUUCUAAAUAAACAGAAGGAAGAAACAAUUGAAAGUAAGAUAGGAAUGCUAUUUUUAAUUAUUAAAAAUUUAGUGGUAUUAUCAAGAAUAUGUUGGCUAAAAUGUAUCUUUACCAAACACCACAUACUCUUAUGUCAUAUUGUUCAAAAAGCCAUUACAGUAGUAACAGCAGAUUCAAUGUGCAAAGAUUUUGGAGUACAGAGUCCCAGCAUCUUGGAAGGUGUGCUAAUUCCUCCCUGAUACUCCCACUCUACCCUUAAAAGGUCUUGAAACAUAACUAAAUGUUAGCCAUAACUUCCAGGGGUUGGGGAAGGAAUGCUAAGUCACACGUGACCCUAAGAGAAUCCCUCCAGUAGCAAAAAAAGAAAAAAAAAAAGAAAAACAGAUUAAAUAGCACCUUAGAG